AUGGCCGACUUCAAUAUUGAUCAAUACGAAAUAACGGUCACACUCGAUGAGGAUUGCGAUAAUGAAAAGGGCACGAUCAAGCCCAUAUAUCCUGACUUGAAAAAUUGUGAAAACGAACAAACGACAGAAUGCACUGUUACAUUGGAGCCAGAUGACUGCGAUCAAAAUGAUAUGUCAUCGGAAAUCCCGGGUUCUGGAACCACUGACUCUUCUGUUAAUCCAAAUUUGCGUGAAUGGCUUCUUAGCAACCUCAGCUAUCACCGGAUUCACAAUCCUGCAAAAAUUGCACUGAUAGAAGAAAUAUCAGAAGUUAGAUGUGUCACAUAUGAAGAACUGGUUGAUUGCUCAAAAAGAAUUGCUAAUUUCAUGUCACAUCAUGGGGUGAAAUCUGGGGAUCGUGUUCUGAUGUGUAUGGAAAACAAUGUAGAAUAUGUGUUCUAUCAGAUCGCUACAUUUUUGUUGGGAGCCAUACCAGUAUUGAUCAACCCAUGCCAUCUUGCGGCAGAAAAACUUGCUGACAUUGGUUGCACCACGGCGAUUGUAGACUUUGAACAUUACGGACACGUUCUCAGAACCUCGGAAAGUGUACUUAAGAGCAUACAGAGAGUUUUUGUUCUGGCAGAAGACAUUGCUACUCUCAGCCUUGCUCGACACGUUUGGAUUAUUGACGGUUUUGGAUUUUUAAGCUUUUCAUCAGAUUUCGAAUAUCAAGACAACAAUAUUGACUGUUCGAUGAUUCUCCCGGGAAGCUUGGAAACUAAUCAAUAUGUUUAUCACACACAGAAUAGUGGAUUUAGUCAAUGCCACGAAUACUUCGAAAAACUGUUCAGUAUGCUGAAAAAAAAUGAAACGGUCGGAAGUAAAAAUCACUUGAUUACGGAUGGUCUACACUGCCACGACUCCCUAGCGUAUCUUUUUACCAUUCUCACUAAAGGAGAGACUUGUAUUAUUGCCGAGACUACUCUUGAUGUCUGGAGAGCAUCAUUGCUUGAUAGAAUUUCUGGAAUUAUCGAGCAGUACAAUGUUUCUCUGUUGUUUUCAAACUCUCAGUUAUUGAAGUGUUUCAUCAAGUACGAAGUUCACAAAAUCUACGAUUUAUCUUCUUUAGAAAUUAUUGCAAAUCAUGGAGCUGUAGUUUCUGUUUCAACGGGAAAGAAAAUCAAAGAAAUUUUGAACGUAAUUUUAUUACAAGCUUACUCCGGAACGGAAUUCGGUGUUGCCAGUUUUGGAAUAUUCAACGAAGAAAAUGAAAAAAAUCUUCUCAACUGUGGGCACUCGAUUAGUGACAUGCAAAUUAAAGUAGUAGCACAUAUGGAAACAGACAAAGAAAUGGAGCAAGGAAAAUGGGGUCAAGUGAUUUUGAGUGGCCAGCAGCUGUUCAAGGAAUAUGUGGGUAACGACGAUUUGAAUAAGAACAGAAAAUUUGGGAAAGCGUGGUUUAAAACAGGAGAUUUUGGGAUGAUUGACAAAAACAACCAGUUACAUAUUGAAGGAGCGCUUGAAGAUUUGAUAACAGCACAAGGGAAAGAAAUAUCUUCGGAAAGGAUGGAGACUAUUCUUUGUGAUCAUAAACUCGUUUAUGAUAUUGUUGUCAUGCAAAAAGAACAACAAGUGUGGUGUGGUGUGUUGUUAAAUGAUGAAAACAAAGUUCCAACGACUGAAUCUUUGGAGAAGCUUCUGAAAAAGCAUAAAGUCCCAUUUGCUAUCCACAAAAUAAUUGUGUUCGACUUCAUUCCUCGUUCUGAAAAAGGAAAAAUAAUAAGAAGUGAGAUACCAUAUCUUAUGAAAGAACAAGAAGAGUCAUUGACGCUGAAUGAAACAACUGAGUCGUAUAUUUGA